AUGGGUGCAGAGCUAUUCAAGCUGCUGUGGCAGGGAGAGAAUAAGCAUAGUGGGUUCUUUAGGAUGUAUUUUUCGUUGCGGGGCACUGGAUCUCGUAGGCUUCUCGAGGUGAGUCCUCCUUGAUCUCUUGGUUCUUUGGCGUAUAUUCAUUAAUAUGAUAUCUACUAGUUUCAAUAGGUUUCAGAGUCGCCACGUGACAACUCCUCGCUUACAUUCUCCCAGAAGGGGCUCCUAGCAUGCUACCGUCGGCUCAGAUCACAGGUUCUCCUGGACAGACUGGCUGGUGAAGGUCAAGCCCGAUGAAUUCCUGACCGUUGAAUUCGUCGAGGGAUGGCUCCCGCUGUAGGUAUUUCUCGCAUCCGCCAGCCCACUCGUUAUAAGCAGCUUUGGUGUCUGUGUGGAUAUUUUAUGGUCCGGAAAGGGUGUUCUUUUCUGCGUUUUUAUUUGGCGGACUCCUUUUGGCUGUCCAAGGUGUAAUAGUGGGCAUAUUAUCUUUAUUGAACCUCAUUACAUAGUUUCACAGCCUCCGCCGCCUGAAAUUUCCUUCAAUCAUUGGAAAUGAUCGCGUUGUCGGGUUGUCGAUUUUGGAUGCGUGCCCUUAUGGUAAUUAUUACGUGCUCACACGAUCAUUGAAUGCAGAGUAUAAAUUCGCUCGCACCCCCAUGUGGUCCCAGUGCUUCGUGGGCAAACAUCUAGGCCAAAAAUACAUAUUCGAAAAGAGGUGGCAAUGGAUGGCAAGCCGAUAACCAAAGAGGUGGAUAGUAUGGCGGGACGAGAGGUUGAGUUGGUGAUUUCCGAAGAUAAUACUGCCACGUUUAACCUCACUCAAAGAGUGUCGUCUUGGUGGCGGAGGCGAAGGAAGAUCCAGAAUUUGAAUGGGAGGAUAUUUGUUUCGGGGUUCGGGUUAUUCGCCGAUGGGUACUUGAGCGGGGUGGGUUCUGCCACUCGGAUGUUCUGGAUCCGGACAAAUGAGCUGACAUCUUAGAUUAUUGGUGUUGUCAAUAUCCUUAUGCGGAGGGCGUGGCCGAAGGAAUACACGCCGGAGAGGCAACGACUCUUAACUUCGGUACCCCGCUUGCUCCUAUGAAGCGGCGAUCACUGACAAUGCCUAGAUUACGUUCGCCGGUAUUGUCAUCGGACAGCUCGGUUUUGGCUGGUAUGUGGAUAGAUUCGGUCGGCGCAAUGGCAUGAAGGCAUCGGGAAUCAUAAUCAUUGUUUCUUCCCUGUUGACUGCCAUCCCAUUUCCCGGACCCAUCCCCCGGAUAAUCGAUCUCCUGGCCACAUGCCGCUUUUUCACCGGUGUGGGAAUUGGUGGAGAGUAUCCAUCGGGCAGCGUAGCCUGUGCCGAAGCGGCAGCACUCCGCCCGGAAGGGACAAGAAACCGCUGGUUCAUUUUCUGCACAAAUAUUAUGAUUCUAGGGGUACGUCAUAACCCUAACAACUAAGUGGAGGGGCGCCUAUCAUGUUAAUCACUGCAAUAGGGCUUCUUUGCAGCAAACAUGAUUCCAACCGCAGUUGUGGCGCUGACCGGUGAGCAUACACCAGACCAAUGCUCUAACGCCUUCCACAUCCUCUUCGGCAUUGGCACCACCUUUGCUAUCAUAGUAUUCACGUUCCGUCGCUUCGUCGAUGAAGGAGAGCAAUACGAACAGGCUCGGAAGGACAGGGUGGAGAUAUCGUACAAGACAGUCAUAAGUUACUACUGGCAGAGCCUGGCGGUGGAGAGCUUUAUAUGGUUUCUCUGGAACGUCACCUCGUUCUCGUACACUAUAUUCGCGCCGCGGUUGAUUGAAAUGAUUGGCACGCCGGGACAGAGCCUGGUGCAGGUCUUUGGCUAUACCGCUUGCAUCAUGAUGUUCCAUUUUCCGGGUGCGGUGGGCGGGGCGUAUCUCAGUGACAGGCUGGGCCCCAGAGUAAUGUUGGUCUUAGGAUGUUUUUGCCAGACACUGAUGGCGGCGCUGCUCGCCGCGUUGUGGGCGAAGGUUGAGAUUCCGGCUCCGGCGUUUAUAAUCAUUUUCGGGUACCACCCACCGUCUCCUUGCAUCUAUUAGGUAACCUCUAUAUACAGUACUAACAUAUUAGUUUCUUCGCCAUGUUCGGCGAAGCAGGAGCGGGGAAUAACAUCGGACUCAUAGUCUCACAAUCUGCGGCAACUCCCGUCCGCGGAAAGUUCUAUGGCGUCGCAGCGGCAUGGGGAAAGGUCGGGGGGUUCAUUGGCACUCAUUCCUUCAUUCACCUUAUCGAUUCCUUCGGCGGCGAGGAAUCCAAGUGGGGCAUAUCGGGCCCAUUCUUUGUUUGCGGUGGGAUUGCAUUGUUGACGAGCUGCGUGGGUUGGUGGGGAUUGAGGAAUGUUAAGCUUGACCAGAAAAGUUUGGAUAACAGGGAUCGGGAGUUCGCGGCGUUUUUAGAGGGGAAGUGAGGGUGGGGUAGUUGUUUCACUCAGGGUUUUAUUUUCUGUGACGUUUGCUGUAGUUUAUGGGGUUAAGUGUUACUGUGCAUGCCUUGAGAUAGGCUAGGGUCGCUUUGGAUACGACUGUUACGUUCAGUUCCUCCAUACGAUGACCGUUCGCCUUCCAUUCCUGAAUAGCUGAACCGAGAUGUUUUUUUUUUUUCGGGAAAAGCUAAAGCGUGGCCAGCGUCCUGUCCUGUUCAGCAAUUUGUCAAACUAUUUCAAAAGAGGCCUGCUUGGCAAUUGAAAUAUACGAAAAUAUUUACCCACGUACCGUACAUGUAUACAAACAGCCCUCCUCACAAUCUUCAGCAUAUACAAAGGUACUAUUAGCAGUUACUUGUACUAGAUCAAGUUCCUUGAUCCGCUAUGAAUUAUACGGGUGAAAUAUAAGGCCCAACCAGGGCAAGAGUCCGAAUGGCUACUAUUUAUUGUUUAGUACA